AUGAGUCUCCAACAUAAAGUCUUCUUCAGCAAGCGCUCCAGUGCGACUCGUGCCGGCCCGGCUGGCUCGGAUCACCUCAAAUGGGUUCCCACGAGUUCUACUCUCAUCUACGGCGAGAAAGAUGCCGUUCUGGUCGAUACUCAAUUGACCGUUCAGGCCGCAAAAGAAUUGACCGAUUGGGUUAUUGCGAGUGGGAAGAACCUGGCCGCUAUUUAUAUCACCCAUUCGCAUGGCGACCAUCAUUUUGGAUGCUCGACCCUCCUUAAACAGUUUCCCGGUACCAAGGUCCUGGCAACACCGGAGGUUGCGUCCAGGAUGGGAAACGAGCAGUCUCCAGAGAGAUUGCAAAGUCUGUGGGAAAAGCUCUUUCCCGGGCAAAUUCCGGAUAACUUUGCAUCCGCCGAGGAUCUGCCAGCAGACGAAUUUGAACUUGAAGGUGAAAAAUUGGUGGUAGUGAGGUUGGGGCACACCGAUUGCGACGACACCACCGCCUUAUGGGUCCCAUCGAUCGGUCUGCUUGUUGCGGGUGACUCCGUCUACAGCAACACUCACCCAUAUAUGGGUGAGUCUGGGACUGUCGAGUCGCGACUUGCGUGGAUUGCAGCGUUGGAUAAGCUCGCCGCUCUGAACUCCAAGGUAGUGGUCGGCGGGCACAGUGACCCGAACAGUUCUUUUGGCCCGGAUGCCAUAAGCGAGACCAAGGCAUACCUCGAAAACUUCAACCGAAUUGUGGAGGAGUGUAAAACCGCCGAAGAGAUCUACUCGCGUAUGAUGGAACUCUAUCCCGCGCGAUUGAACCCCGGAUCACUCUGGGGAGGAGCAGCGCUUUCAAAGCAAAAAUAG